AUCGGCGAGUUCACCGGGCAGAGCCGCGACUGCACCGAUGUCUGGCCUCACGGGCGUGGUUGGGUCCAACUGCAUCUCGUCCAAGAAAACACGCGUUGGACUGCUACGGCAUAGGAAACUCACGGCCAAAGAGAAGCUGUUGCUGGCCCAAGGGGGAACGCACACGUCCGUCCUCGACGUGCUCACGAAAAAGCUUCGCGCCAAGCUGGAGGAACUCAUUCCCGUGGAAAACGAGCGGUAUGACCGCGCGUUCCGCCUCUUCACGCCAACCGACGUCAUCACGCCGCAGUGCUUUCAUGCCCUCCUCACGAAGUUCCGCAUGUCUGCUAACCGUCACCAAAGCUACGCACUGUUUCACAAGUACGACGUCGAUUGCCGAGGGACGCUGGACCGGAACAAGUUUCUCAACGGGGUGUUCCCUGGUCGCCGCAAAUCGCAGCCGCCCGCGCAACAGCAGCAACCUCAGCAGUUUGACGACGCUCCCACACCACCCAAGCGAGUUGGGGGCAUUGCAGCACGGCCGAAACCACAGCAUAUCGCCGUAACCAAUUCUGUUGCGAUGUCGGAUGUGGGGAUCAUGUUGCAAAAGCCGCCACCACGUCAUAGACAUACAGCGGCAACCGACCGGCUUGCGCACAAACCCAUGCUGACACACCACCACCCCGCACGCGAACAGCACGAAACUCCCCUCGGCGACAACAUUCCAUUUGAGGAAGUUAUCAAGCGGAUACGGGACAAGAUCGACCAGCGGACAUCCAAGGCGUCCGAUCGAUUCCGGCAGGCGUUCAAGAUUUUUGCCAAGGCGUCCGGGAUCACGCCGGACGAGUUCCACGAAGGUCUCCUGCAGCUCGGGUUCCGCCUCUCAAACGAGCAAAACAAGCAGCUCUUUGACACGUUCGACGUCAACAAGUCUGGCGAUCUCGACCUGAACGAGUUUGUCCAAGGCAUUUCGCUCGACGACUCGUCCAUCAAGUACAUCAACGCGCACGUCGAGCGACAGAAGCGCGAAGAAGCGAGGCGGAAGCGGUAUCAAAUGGCCGUUCAGUCCGUCGAGCGCGCAUGGACGAUCGAAGACAUGGAGCGCAAGCUCCGCGAAAAGAUCGAGCAGCACACGUCCAAGUCGUCUGACUGCUUUCGGCAAGCAUUCAAAAUAUUUAAGAAGUCCUGCGGCAUUCGGCGGCAAGAGUUCCACGACGCCCUAGCUGAGCUCGGCCUCGACUUGAAUCGCGAGCACACGGAUAAGUUAUUUGCCAAGUACGACAUUGACGGGAGCGGGGACAUUGACUUGCCCGAGUUUGUGCGGGGCGUCCUCCCGGCAGACUACACGGGAGGCACGUGGGUCGCCGAAGCGGAUGAAAUGCACCGCAUCGAAGCAGAGCGCAAGAAACUUCAACCCGACUCGCACCUGAACCGCGUGGAAAUCACCGACUGGUCCCUGGACAACAUCCAAUUCAAAGUUCGCGAAAAGAUCACGCAAAAGACCACGCGGUCGUCCGACACGUUCCGCCAAGUGUACAAGAUUUUCCAAAAGUCGUCCGGGAUCACGUUGGCCGAGUUCCGGCAGGGCUUACUCAUCCUUGGGUUCCGACUCAACGACGCCCAAGCGAACGGCCUCUUUAACCGCUACGACACGGACCGGAGCGGCACGAUUGACCUGUCGGAAUUCUGUCGACACGUGCUCCCCCCCGACUACAAUGGCGACGGCGACCACUGGGGACACACGCCAGAGGAGCACAAGCAGCGCGCGAAGGACGCCAUCACGUACGUCGAGCUCACGAAAAACGGUACUGUUCCGGUCCCGACCCCACCGAACCCCAUGCGGGGCACCGCCACUCCGACUCGCCCGAGCUCCGCCCCCCAGACGAGGCCCCACUCGGCCUCUAGCAGCCACCAACCCCCCAACCGCCAACGACACUCCACGAGACCAAGUGACGACGCCAACAUUUGGGAUGGCGACGCCACCAGCCCUGAAAAACUCCAUACUCGACCGGCAUCGGCGCGCCCCGCAUCCGCUCGUCCAUCCUCUGCCCGCAGCCAUCAGUCCCAGCAAUCGGGCAACAACCACCCACAGCCGCGCCCCACAUCGGCGCGGUCGUGCAGUAGCAGCAGCAGUGUCUCGUACCACGAAAACCCGUUCAAGUCGAAACGUCGGCACUUUUUCCACCAUCACAGUCUGUGGCAGCGCAAAGUCAAGUUCCAUCGAGAACAGAUGCAGCAGCAGCAACAGCAGCCAAACGACCCACCGGGCGACUCUAACGCGGGGGGGACGUCCGACGACCGCGCCGCCAAACCGAAUGACCCCCACGAGCUCGAUGAGUACGAAGACAUUGUCGACGACGGCGACGACGACGACGCUUUCGACAAGGAAUCGUACAAAGAGCUCCGUACGCCGUCGAAACCUCGACCAGCGUCGGCUCGCCCAUCGUCGGCCAAAGUUGCCAAGCCACCGACUGCGCGCCCUCCGUCCGCCAGAGUUUCGCGGCCACAAACGGCCGCAUCCACCGCUUCGUCGACAGGUUCCCGAACGUCGCAGUCCCCACGCGUACGGAGACAGCAGGGUGACGGGAGUGACACAUCCAGUCAGUGCAGCAGCCAGGUCCACCAAAUCACGUCAGCAUCCGACGGUGUGCAUCCCGCCAAGUUCAAACCGCGGUUGUACGGGCCUGGUUUCAAGAAGAUGUUUCUGCAGCUUGCCAAGGAACGACUGGACCAGGAGCGAUAGAAGUUCGAUCCAUUGGAACGUGUCGAGCCGGGCCCGACACAGUGUUAGUUAAUAGAGUUGGGUCCACAGCCAGAACACGACAUGGUUGAUGAAAUCCCGUAGCGUCUUGCGCUGCUCCGGGGACAGCAUUCCGUUGGGUGGUGCGUCCCGCCGACAAAUUUC